AUGUAUUCGCUGCGUGAAGGAGGUUCCGUGUCAAAGCCACCACUCUUGGAUGAAUCCAAUUAUUCGUAUUGGAAGGCCAGAAUGAGAGCUUUCAUUAAAGCCAUUGAUGAGCGAGCUUGGAGGUUGAUAUUGACAGAAUGGACGCAUCCGACAACAACAGACAACAGCGGCAAUGUCACUUUGAAACUAGAAGAGACGUGGUUAACAGAUGAAGAUCGCCUAGCGAAUUACAACUCGAAAGCACUCAAUGUUGUUUUUAAUGUUGUAGAUGUGAAUCAAUUCAAAUUGAUUUCUACAUGUGAAUCGACCAAAGAGGCGUGGGAGAUACUUCAAAUUGCUCAUGAAGGCACAACUGCUGUGAAGGUCUCUAAACUUCAAAUCCUUACCACCAGGUUUAAAGAAUUAAAAAUGCAUGAGGAUGACUGCAUUGCCAAUUUUAAUUCAAAAUUGUGUGACAUUGCUAAUGAAUCUUUUGCUCUUGGAGAGAAGUAUUCGGAUACAAAACUGGUAAGAAAGACUCUCAGAUCACUACCUGAGAAGUUUGCAUACAAGGUUGCUGCUAUAGAAGAGGCUGUUGACUCAAUGAAACUUGAUGAACUCAUGGGUUCUCUUCGUACUUUUGAAUUGAAAUUUAAGAAGGACAAGAAGGAGAAUGGAAUGACUUUUCGGUCUGGAGUAGAAUCACAGAGCAAUCAAGAGGAAUCUGAAGAUGAAGGAGAACUAGAAGAAUCUCUGGCACGUCUCACAAAAAACUUCAAGAAGAUUUUGAAGAAGAUGAAAAAGAAGGGAAAUUUCAAGAUUUCUCUAGGACUGGGAAGCAGAGAUUUAAUUCUCAGGGUUCAAAACAAACUGACUCAGAUAAGAAGGGAAGAGGAAUUCAAUGCAGAGAGUGUGAUGGAUAUGGUCAUAUACAAGCAGAGUGUGCAAACACCUUGA